AUGGCUAAAGACAUUGAGAUUUCUACCUCUGAACAAAAGUUUCUCUUAGAGGCACUAAGGCAAAAUCAAAGAUUAGAUGGACGUGAAUUUGAUCAAUUUCGUGAUGUUGAAAUAGAUUUUGGUAAAGAAUUUGGUGAUGCUACUGUUACGAUGGGUAAUACUAAAGUCCAAUGUAGAGUUAGUUGUUCCAUUGCUCAACCUUACGAAGAUAGGCCUUUUGAAGGUUUAUUUUUCAUUUCAACAGAAUCCUCACCUAUGGCAGGCCCACAAUUUGAAAAUGGUAACAACACUGGUGAAGAUGAAGUUUUAUGUGCAAGAAUUAUUGAAAAAGCUGUCAGAAGAUCAGGUGCUUUGGAUAUCGAAGGUUUGUGUAUAGUGGCAGGUAGUAAAUGUUGGGCAAUUAGAGCAGAUGUGCAUUUUUUGAACUGUGAUGGUGGAUUUAUAGACGCUUCUUGUAUAGCGGUAAUGGCUGCACUAAUGCAUUUUAGAAAACCAGAUAUUUCAGUUUUUGGUGAACAAGUUACAGUCCAUCCUGUUGACGAAAGAGAACCGGUUCCAUUAGGUAUAUUGCAUAUUCCAAUCUGUGUAACAUUUUCAUUUUUUAAUCCUGAAGAUACUGAAGAAAAUAUUAAAGGUGAAUCAAAUUCAGAAAUUACUAUAAUCGAUGCCUCACUAAAGGAGGAAUUGUUAAGAGACGGUGUGUUAACCGUAACAUUAAACAAAAAUAGAGAAGUGGUACAAGUAUCUAAGGCUGGUGGUUUACCCAUGGAUGCGUUAUCAUUAAUGCAAUGUUGUCAUAAAGCAUUUGGUAUCACAGAACAAAUCACAGAUUUAAUCAUAGAGAAAAUUAAAGAAGAAUCUAAGGAAAGAGAUAAAUAUGCAUCUAUUCUAAGUUCAGAAAACGCUCGUGAGACUUGA